GAUAAGGAUAGGAUCAGAUCAAGACAUGGUGUCAGACUUUGACCGUAGCCGCGAGCAUGAGAGUGGGAAGCGCGACGCUGAUCCCUCGGCCUCUCGCCGGCUCUUGUCCUCUUCUGGUUUAGACAUGAAGAUUGAGUUUGCUCCAGCUGAUGUGCCUCUGGUUCGGAGGCUCCAGACAGCUUCCGUGCUGCAAUGGGUCUUCUCAUUCCUGGCUCUUGCGCCCUGCUGUAUUGUCCUGUUCUUCAUCCUGCUCUUCACUCGUUUCUGGCUCAUCAGUGUGCUUUAUGCCACCUGGUGGUACAUCGACUGGGACACACCUUCACGAGGAGGGAGAAAAGUGCCAUAUCUCUGCAAACUGCGUGUGUGGGAGUACAUGAGAGAUUAUUUCCCCAUUAGGCUGAUAAAGACGGCUGACUUGGACACUAGGAAGAACUAUGUGAUGGGUUUCCAUCCUCAUGGUAUUCUCGUGGCUGGUGCUUUUACAAAUUUCUGCACGGAGGCGACUGGAUUUAGCAAACUCUUCCCUGGGAUAAAGAGCAACCUUCUCAUGCUGCCUCUCUGGUUCAGAGCCCCCUUCUUCAGAGAUUACAUCAUGUCAGCAGGGCUGGUUCCAUCAGACAAGGAGAGUGCCGGUUAUCUGCUCCGGAGGAAGGGCGGAGGGAAUGCGGUGGUCAUUGCAGUCGGUGGAGCUCCUGAAGCUUUGGAUGCACAUCCUGGUGACUACACCGUUCACCUGGCCAAUAAGAAAGGCUUUAUUAAGCUUGCAAUAGAGCACGGUGCAGAUUUGGUUCCUAUAUAUUCGUUUGGAGAGAACGAGGUGUUUGACCAGGUGCAGAAUCCUCGUGGCACAUGGCUGCGAUACAUUCAAGAGCGUCUGCAGCGCAUCAUGGGUGUUUCUCUUCCUCUCUUUCAUGCGCGAGGAGUUUUCCAGUACACCUUCGGCCUGAUGCCUUACAGAAAGCCCAUCAACACUGUUGUGGGUAGGCCAAUUCCAGUGGAGAAAAAUGAGAAACCAACAGCAGAAGAAUUGGACGUCUAUCAUCAGCGCUAUAUGGAUGAACUGGCACGGCUGUUCGAGGACCACAAGGGAAAUUAUGGAGUACCUGAAGACACUCAUCUGGUGUUCCAGUGAGAUGAUCACUUAUGUUGACGAUGAGUUUGUGUGUUUGUACCUUGUAUUUCUUACUUUGUAGGAACCAAAUGUCUUCACAUAUAUAGCAAUACCACUACAUUUGACCUUGUGGGGACAUUUGUUUGGUUCUAAUGUUCAAAAUGGCUCAUGAAUCACGCUGAAUUUAAUAUUUAGAAAAUGUAAAAAUGCCGAUUGUUUUCUGUGAGGGUUGGGUUUAGGGGUAGGGGGAUAGAAUAUACAGUUUGUUCAGUAUAACAAUCAUUACAUCUAUGGGAAGUCCUCAUAAAGAUAGCUGUACAAGUUUGUGCAUGUGUGUGUUGUUUAUUGCUGACUUUAAAACCGUCAUUAUUUUGGUAGAUAUAACAACUGUUGAAUGUACCAUCAACAUUUUAUUUCCUGAUAAAUGACUGAAUUACAGUUACAGUCAUACUUUAGAUACACUUCAACUUGUGGAUAUUGCAAAAUGUUACUUUACAAGUAAAUUAAAACCCACUUGCUUCAAGUUUA